AUGGGGUCGCCGGUGAACGUGGACUCGUUGCACUACUGGGGACCGAUCUCGGACCACGCCCCGUGCUGCUCGUCGAUCAAAUACGCCCAUCUGAAUACGGUCAACAACUCGUGGGUAAAAGCUGCUCAACAGCAGGCGGUGUGCGACCGCGCGCUCACCGUGAGCAACAGCAGCACGAACUUCACUAUCAGCGACACGAUCAUUGUGACUCAUUCGAUGGGAAGCUUGCUCGUAGGUGCCGCUAUUGCUGGCGGCAUGUGUGAGCUCAGCUCGAGCUCAACUUGGGUGAGCAUGGCAACGCCCAUGUCAGGAAGCAUGGGCUCGGACUUUGCCCAAGACGUGUGCGAUGGAAAAUCCAAUGCCUUGAUGGAAAAGGUCGCUGACAUUCGACAGCAGUGUCCAGUGAACAUUGCUACGAAGUCCGUGGCGUACGAGAACGGCACUCGCAGCUUCUCGCACCUCAACAGAGCUUACAAAUCCGCUCAAAAGGCGUAUCGGAAGCACGUGUCAGCUGCCAUGUGCAGCAGCAGCAGCUCGGGCCUCUUGUCCACCUACCAAGCAAGAUUCUGGUUGCUCAGCGAAAUCGUUCCGCACAAAUCCAAACAAAAUGACGGCAUGGUCGAGUAUGCGAGCUGCACAAGCGGGUUGGACGAGGGCAAGUUCGAGAGCGACUACAGGAGUCGCUUCUAUCGGUCAAAGCUAAACCACUGGGACAUGCAGUUCAAAAGCGGCGACGGAUUGCUGAACAAGGCAAAGAUGCCCGUGAAAUGGUUCGAGUGUCUGCUGUAG